GAUGAAUCAAGGGCGCAUAUCUGACAAGCUUGACUCAUAUUCAAGGUUUGUCACCCAUUUUCUGGAGAAGCUAGUCAAGAUGGAAGCAGCAUCACUCAAGGAGGUAUUGUUAUAUAUAAAGACAAUCCAUUAUCUCAUCCUGUUUCCAGAUUUCCAAAAGUGCUCAUCAAGAUACGAAAACAGCUUCACAUCAAUCAUAUAUUUGGAUUCGGCAUUCUACAGCCGAUAUAUCAUAUCUGCAAUUGUCGAUUACUUCCCUUUUCUGAUCAAAGUGACACCUACAUAAGAGGCUUCUGGUCACAUAUUUCCCCGCAUGAUCAUAUAUCCAAUCGUACUUAUCUGAUAAACAUCGUUCCCCUCCUAUACCGCAUACCCUCUUCUAUCUUGUCCAGCUUCUUUUUCAAGCCCCUUCAGACAAAAUGUCUGCUUCAAGCGUAUCCUCCGGCUCGGGGACGAUUGCUACUUAUGCCAAGAAAAUCAACUCGACCAAACGACCGGAUGUCGAGAUUCUUCUAGACGACCAUCACGAUGGAAAGACCUAUACAACAUUUGAUGGGCUGUCAGGCACGGCCUCAAUCACAGCUCCCCAUGAUGCGGAAUUCGACGAAAUCCAGAUUACCCUCGAAGGCGUUACUCGAACAUUUGUCGAAAACAUAUCCCACUCCAGUGCAAAAUCCAAAACAACUGCCGUACACAGAUUUUUAAGACUCGUCAUGCCAAUUCGAGAAGCUGCAUAUCCUCAGCCACGAAUUGCUGAAGCUGGCAAAACAUACAUCUUCCCAUUCAACUUUGUCAUCCCACAACAACUCCUUCCAACAGCUUGCUCGCACACACAUGAUGCUGACCAUGUCCACACCGCACAUGUGCAAUUGCCUCCUAGCAUGGGCGAUCGCGAAACAUCCAUACUAGAUGAUUUAGCCCCAGAGAUGACCAAAAUUCAAUAUUCAAUCAAUGCCAGAGUCAUCAAACACAAUGGUUUCCCCCCAAAACAAACUUCUCUGAUUGAGGGCUCCAAGAAACUUCAAAUCAUACCAAUGGUGGCGGAAGCACCUCCUAUGAGUAUCUCAGACGAUGACAAGAAUGAUUACCAACUGUCAAAGACAAAGCCCCUGAGAAAGGGCGUGUUCUCUGGAAAGUUGGGGAGAAUAACUGUUUCAGCCAAUCAAACUGGAGCAGUCAUUCUUCCAUCUCCUGAAAGUUCCUCGGGAGCUACAUCAAUGGCAACUGUCAAGCUGCAAUUUGAACCACACGAUCUCAGCUCGCAACCACCUCGUCUUGGUAGUCUAGUUACUAAGAUCAAAUCGUUAAGUUUCUUUGCUACCAAGCCAGCAAAUUUUCUCUCUUCCAAAUCGAGCAUGGCCAAGAACUUUGACCCUGCCCGGCAAUUUUAUCAAACCUCAGUUCCUCUGUCGUCAAGAUGCGUUGAGCAAGUUGCAUGGAUGAAGCACUUGCCACCGCCAGAUUUGUCCCGACGAGCUUCUACCAUAUCGUCUAGUUCGUCUGAAUACUCAGAUUAUUCACAGAUGUCGCUCAAGGCACAAGACAAGAUCUAUUACACAGCAGAAAUCUUGGUCCCAAUUUCACUGCCUUCGUCGAAGACUUGGGUCCCCACAUUCCAUUCAUGUAUCGUCUCUCGAAUUUACUCAUUGGAUCUUGCCUUGUCCAUUCAUACUCCAGGAGCAGGAAUUCCAGCUUCUACCGUCAAACUUUGUCUUCCAAUACAGAUUGCAGCUCAAGGCAACCGAACUGCGCCGCUCGCUCUCACCGCAGAAGAGGCUGCUGCUGAGCUAGCAGAUGCGAAUGAGUAUCUCAGACCACGAGUUAUUGAGAUGCCAGGAGACGACUUGAUUGAGAAUAGUAUUUUGCGUUCUAGCUCUACUGUUCCACGCCCAGAGUUGCCUCCAAGCUAUGAGCACACGGAGGUAUCAAGCAGGCCAGUUGAUCCAUCAAGGUGCUGAUUUGAAAUGGAUUCGGGGGCUUUCAUUGCGUCGUUUUUCUACUUUUUGUGUAAAGUGGUUCGGGAAAGCAAGCACUUGAUUUUUGAGUACGGAGUGCACGGGUUUUAAUGGGAGUUUUGGGAUACCAAUAUGUGUUAUUGAUUUGGAAAUUUGGGAAUUUGCUGCAAGGCACACUUACGAGUACAAGAUACCCUCAUACCUAUUUAUUACUCUGUAGGUGGCUAGUACUUACUAGGAGGUACUUAUAGACAACUAAUAAUAAUUUACUGUUCUACAAUAUCGCCUCUCGUUCA